ACGUGCCUCUGCACAAAAACAUCCCGAGCGACUGCUUCAAAUACAGCGCAUGGUGGGAGCUGGCAGCUGCUUUUGCAAGCGGACACGACACAAUCCGAGCCCUAACUUUCAACCUCUGAGCUCGGUGGCAAACUCAAAACGUGGAGACGCUUCCCACCGUGAACUUCUCGAAGACGGGCACUGUUUGUGCGAAGACUGACAGCAAAGGGUUGUGAAUUCGGAGGGAUUUUCAAACGAAAUCUCUUAAAACUCCGUAACCUGCUCCAACCAAAAAGCGAACAUGUCGACUAAUCAAAUGAAGAGCUGUCCCAUUCCUACCAGGGUUCUCACCCUGAAAGACUGGUCUCAACUUCCCGACUGCUACAGCCAGACUCCCGGGGGGACCCUCUUCUCCACUACGCCCGGUGGUACCCGCAUCAUCUACGACAGGAAAUUUCUCUUGGAUUGCAGGAACUCCCCUCUUGCACGCACACCCCCAUGCUGUCUCCCUCAGAUCCCGGGGGUGACGUGUCCCGCUACUCACCCUGUAAGCAAACUGCAGGAUGUGAAAGAGGAGGUUGAAGAGGAGGAAAAGGGCGUUGCAGAUGACAACCAGUUUGAGAUGGACAUCUGAGCUCCAGUUUGGAGCGUCAUCCAUCAAAACACCUCCAUGGUCAGUACUGACCGAAAAGCGUUGCCUAUAAGCUUUUUAUC